GCAGUUACUUCCCAUCAUGCAAUCCAGCGCCAGGGUCGUCACGCUUUUGUUUCUGCUAAGCGCAGCGGUGUCUGCUGCAGAGGAUGCUGAAGCCACAACCUCGGUGGUGGGGGAGGAGCCAAAACAGUCCGAAACCAAAGAUUCAACUCCAAAAGAAGAUGAGCAAUCAACGAGAAGCCCGGAGAAGCGGGGUCUCUUCAGGCUAACCGGGGUUCACGGAGAGAACUUUCAACCCUACAACUUCGUGUAUCCUAUACCGCAGCAGAUGGCAGGAUACCAACAACCUUCCGUGAACCAGCAGUACGAUCCUAGAGCUGCGGGGGUGGCGGGCUCACCCAAGUACGAGCAGACUUAUGUCAAGAUCACACCCAGUGUAGGGUACAGUGCCCAGCCGACUUAUCAGCAACCCAUCAUCCUACCAUCCGCCUCCUCACCCUACUCCUCUCCCUACGUCGCUCCGACAACAAUGAUCCUUCUCAUGGUGCCUCCCCACCCAGGAAACCCUUACGGCUCCUUGAUGCUGGUUCCAAGUAACAAUAUCUUCCCACAGUACACCCCGAAUCACAUCCUCCCCUAUCAAGCUUCCAGCCGGGUAAAUGUACAACUCGUGCCACAAUUUAUCCCUAUCCCAGUAAAGUACGGCCAGACCUCCAGCUUGCCCGCGGCGCAUUACAAGGGUGCCGAGUUCCUCCAGAAGCCCCAACAUGUAAGCCAGCAGUACCUGAGCUCUCAGAACUCUCAGAGCUACCAGGACCAGCCAGGAUCCUCUGAAGAGCAGGAUUCACAGUCCACUAUGUCUCCAAACUACGGUGGCAGAGUGCGUCCCUUGGACCAGUAUGUCAAAGGGUAGUUUGAGUAACGAGGAAUUCAUAUUCUCAGUGCCUUGUUUUUAGAUAAUUUUUGUUUUGUGGCUUAGUUGCUCACUUGGUCUUGUAUGGUCAUUAUACCAGCGAAAGAACAUUUCCCCAUUGUAGGAUACAAAAAUUAUUUUUUAUACUAGUAAGUUUAUUUGGAGAUCUAUUGAAUUAUAGGUUAAUAUGGAAGUCCAGCUUUUUAUUGGAGUAUGCUGAAAAGGCAAGCAGAUGAACGUGUUAUGGAUUUAUUAUAAAGGAUAAACAUAAUUAUAAACUUAAAAUAACCUGUUCAAACUUAACGUGAUAGUUUCCAUGUUGAUGUUACUUUGAAACUAUCAAGGAUUCAAACAUUCUUACAAUACCGAAAUAUAAUUUCAAACUAAAAUUUACUAUACAGAUAGCAAAGCAUUUACCAAAUUGUAAUUUUAACACGAUGCUAUCGCAUUAAAAAUAUUGCUGGAGACUAUACCAUAAGUUAGAAAGUCACAAUUUUCUCCAUGUUCCCUAAAUACAAAGCAGGUUUAUUUGUUCCGGACCUUGCUGAACUAUUGCUUGGACACCGUGAAAUUCAGCUAUUAAGACGCCAAAUAAACCCUGUUCCGGUCCCGUCUCUGAAUCUUAGACAUUUCUAAUUUAACCAGUGAAGCGAGGUGGAACUGCAUUAAGACAUAACAGGCACUCUCGUUUCCGCGUUUCCUUCUGACGAGGAAACACAUUUGGAAUAAGUAAAACGUUAAAGGUAAAACGCUUUAAUACCAGAGCUAAAAACUUAAAAUAACUGUUUGUCUUAAUGGCCACGCACUGAAAUUAACAACAUUUAUUCAGAUUGUGUCAAAUUACUUUUUCACUGGUAUUCCCUUGAAAUCGCAAACUGUCACGAUCUGGUGCUUGACAAAACCUUCAGGCUGUUAUAAAAUUACGGAACACACUUACACAAAAUUGUUUAUGGUACAAAGUAAAACAAUGCCCUUUGGCAUUUUCCUAUGACGUAUUUUAAAUUGUGAUAUUUUAUUGUUGUAAAUAUUUGGUUGUUAUAAUUGUGUAUUAAAUAUGUUUUUGUUGA